AUGUUCCUCGAUGGGUCCUCUCCUUGGGCAUGGACCGCAGCCGCCUCCGUCCUUGUCGUCAUCUUCUGGCAGUCUCAAGCACAAAAGCGUCGUCGCCUACCUCCAGGUCCUCCACCCUUGCCGAUUUUGGGAAAUGCUCUCGACGUGCCCCGUCAUCACCUAGGCCUUGAGUUCUGGAAGAUGACGCAGAAGUACGGCGACCUCGUCUAUCUGAACGCCCUCGGAAAGUCCAUGCUUGUCAUCGGCUCGCAGAAACGAUCUGCGAACUAUUCGGAUCGCCCUUGCUCUGUCAUGGCAGAGCUAACAAAGUUCGACAGAAUGUUUGCCGUUCGCUGCUACGGCGAACGUUGGCGCCUCCACCGCCGCGUUUUCCACGAGGCUUUCAACGUCGACGUAGUCUCCCAGUUCCAACCCGUCCAACUGAACUCGGCUCGGCGCUUCUUGCUCGCCCUCCUCAACUCUCACCACGAUAUCGCUGCCCGUCUGAAAUUCUCGAUCGCCUCAAAUCUGAUGCGGGUCGCGUACGGCAUCGACAUGACCGAGGAGAACGACAAGUACUUCGACAUGGUCGAACGCAUCUCGGAGACCGGCGAAGCGAUCUCCGUUCCUGGCCGCUUUCCCGUCGAAGCGAUCCCGAGCCUGCUCUACCUCCCUCGUGGUUUCCUGGCGGAGGCUUCAAGGCGAUGGCCCGCGAGGCUGCGGCGCACUUCGAGACGAAUCGACUUGGGCGCCGCCAGAGAGUCUUUCGUCUCUCGUUUGCUCGACGACGCUAGCAAGUACGACUUGGAACGAGCAGGCGAGCGCGAUCUGAAGUCUUUCAUCGGCGAUCUUACGAUCACCAUCUAUGCGGGUACGUCCCCGACCAUCUGCUUAUCCGUUUGUCCUGACCCUUCUUCCUGCCAUGGCGAUGUACCCCGACGUUCAACGAAAGGCCAAGAGGAGCUCGAUCGCGUCAUCGGAGCGGAUCGUCUGCCCGACUUCUCCGACAGAGAGUCCCUACCGUACCUCGGCGCGCUCCUCAAGGAGCUGAUGAGAUGGCACGUCAUCACGCCCAUCGCCCUGCCCCACGCGGUCAUGGAGGACGACAUAUACAACGGCUACCUGAUCCCCGGCGGCACCGCCGUGGCGGUGAACGUUUGGGCCAUCGCGCGCGACCCCGAGCUGUACCCCGACCCGGACGCGUUCCUCCCGGAGCGCAAGCCCGGCCCGUCCGAGUGGGCGUUCGGCUUCGGUCGCAGGAUCUGCCCCGGGCUGCACUUCGCGGAGGCGUUCCUGUUCAUCUACGUCGCCUCGAUCCUCCACGCGUUCAGCAUGCGCCGCCCGUCGACGCCGACGGGGCUCCCCUCGAGCUCGUGCACGACACCGCGACGAUCGGCGUCAUAA